GUUGCUCCUUCCUCCCAUUACCCUCCGUGCUGUCUAUGACUGGCGCUCCGUACGAUCACGUGAUGCGACGUCUCCACGCUUCCGCCAACACCAUUGACGGCAUGUUCAGGCAACUUCAUCCCCAAAGCGACGACCAGUCCAGCACAAACGCGACCAUCCGCCAGCUGGCAACCCGCGCCCAUUUCCCUAGCAACCGUCCGCACAAACGAACGCACCGCGUCUCGUGACCUGCCUGUUGCGUCUUUCCGGCUGUGCGGGCGACAGACGAAACAACUUUUGAGCGGCCCGGCUCAAAAGGUACGUUUUUCUUCACACAUCACAUCACACAAAGACCACACAAACCACCCAACCAAGCCGCGUCUGCUGGGCUUUUUGUUCAUCAUGGCCUACCGGGCGCCUCCAGGCACCUUCUCGUCCUCCGCCUCCAACUCUCUCCCUGCGAGACCCCCCGCCCCCGCGGGAGGCAGCGGCUUCAAGCCCGUGUUUGGUACGGCCGCCGCGAACGGCGGCGCGAACGCCUACCCCAACGCCACCCAGUACGGCCUUUCGAGCCACUAUCCCGCGCAGACACAGUAUGGCGCCCCCGCGAGCAGCCGAUACGCCCCCGGCGCGGGCCCGUACGGCUCGGCCUCGUCGACCUAUUCGAGCUACCCGGGCGCGCCAGGCACCGCCAUGAGCUCCGGCGCCCAGAGUGGCUACUCGUCGUACCCCGGGCACACGCAACAGCAGCAGACACAGAGCUACGGCUCUCAGGCUCCUGCAUACGGUGCAUCAUACUCGACUGCUCCUCAGAUCCAGAACCCUUUCCCCGCGCCCGGCACCGGCUUCGAUGUGUCCGAGGCCGCGCAAAUUGCCGAAUGGCAGAGCGCCUACAGCGCUGCGCCGCAGAUUGGCAAGGACGGCAAGCCUGUCACAACCGCAACGACCGACUCGCCUUUACCCGACGCGGCCGCUGCCGCCGCCGCCGCCAAUACCAACCCGGAUAAGAAGAAGACUGUCGUGCGCUCCGGUGGCGGCAAGAGCUGGACGGACGACUCCCUCCUCGAGUGGGAUCCCUCCCACAUGCGCAUCUUUGUCGGCAACCUUGCCGGCGAAACCACCGACGAAUCCCUCCUCAAGGCCUUUUCGCGCUGGAAGUCUGUCCAGAAGGCUCGCGUCAUUCGCGACAAGCGCACUACAAAAUCCAAGGGCUACGGCUUCGUUAGCUUUGCCGACGCCGACGACUUCUUUCAGGCCGCCAAGGAGAUGAACGGCAAGUACAUCCAGAGCCACCCGGUCGUCGUCAAGAAGGCAAACACGGAGAUCAAGGCCACCACCGCCCGCGACCGCGGCAAGGGCGGCUACCACAACAACAAAGGCGGCAAGAAUAACAAGAACAAGUCGGGCAACCAGUCGGGCGGUGGAAGCGGCGGGUAUGAGCCCAGCCUCGGCCCCGUCUCGGGUGCCGGUGUCACCAAGCCCGGACAGAAGACCAAGAACGGUCUCCGCCUGCUGGGCUGAAUGGAUCCAGCCUUGGGGCGCCUGCGCCUGCGCCUGCACUGGCGCUUCUUAAGGAAUCAUUUCUCUGCCAGGUUUUGGCAUUUGAGCAGGCGAUGUCUUAUCCGGCGUUGACGGUGUUCAAAGAGGGCAAAUGCUAUAUAUCAUACUACACACACCAACUGCAACAGAGGCUCGGUGCGCUCUAAACAGACAAAGGUACUUGGACUUGCUUGGCUCUUGCCUCCAUUUUAUUCCUUUGGACAUCACCAUUAAGACUUAUUUUUGGUUUAGCAGCAUAGGAUGCAAUUGAUCAGCGUUGAAACGC